AUGGCUAGAACUAAAUACCGAUUCUUCCAAGCUUUGAGAGCCAAAAGAAGCUCAAAGUUUCGAAGAGCUAGGGCCGCAACCAAUACCGCCAACAGGACCAUUCAAGGCGAUGUUGUCCCUGAACAAAACAAUGGCAACCGUAAUGGCCAAGAUCUUGAGUGUCCGAAUUUUAUCCUGUUGGGUUACCAACAAAAGAAGCACUUUAGGGAUAUCUAUAAGGGCUUCGUCCGUUACGGGAUUGUCGACCAUGGAAAGAUGAUCGGAAAAAUGCAAGCAUUGUGGACCGGGUGUCAAAACCAUACGGACAGCCUCAAAAAAUACUGGCUCAACUUGCAAGUUGAACAGAGGGGACACUUUCGAAUGCUGCGAAAGAAACGAAUGAUUACUCGCCGGAAUAUUCGAAAUGCCACAAAGCUAGGACUCAUUCAGCCCGCCGAUCCCGACGAGGAAGCUGUUGACCAGGAGAAUCCUCUGAAUGCCGAUAUUGACGCGGUAGAACAAGGGAUCCCGACUUUGAAACAAAACGACCAAGCCUUCAAAUUCCGCCGAAAUAGUAAUUUUGAGUCGAUCAUGAAUGCAUGGCAACUCAACCUACGAGAAACGGACGUUACUAAGCCCGUUAAACCCGUUAAACCUACCAAACCUUUCAGAAGUGAAGUUAGUAUCGGUGAAUUACUAGCUCUGAACAAAGGGAACAAAGGGCGUGCCAAAGGCGGGAAACAUCACAGAAAAAUGUCUAAUGACCUCGAUGAUACCAUCACGGAUCAAUUAGGGUCACUCAAUCUUGAGAAUACGGAGCAUGAUGGUGAUGAAGAAGGCAAGGUCGAUGUUGAGAGUUCCAACUAG